AUGGACCUACUCAAUAGCGUCCUCGACGACGUCAACGGCCACAUCCACGGCAGCGUGCGAGGUUUCUUUGCCAAGUAUUUCGACAACACGAGCUGGUCGUCCCUUGCUAAAUCCCACGGCCACCUGACACCCGAUCUUUCGCCACUUGACGCUGGACAGACAUUGCUUGCCUGGCUCCAGCGUGCGGAUCUCGGCCCUCGCGAGUCAUUCUCCACCUGGCACGUCACCCCCUCGACUCGAUCCACCGACCCUCGUUUCUAUCUGCUUUCCAAGGACAGUAGCGAGUUCAAGUGGGCGCGCGUCCAGGUCAUUGGGCACAUGAUCGAAUCGGAGGAAGGCUCUUACAAGGAAGGCUCUUACAAGGAUGGCUCUUACAAGGAUGGCUCUUACAAGGAUGGCCUCCUCCGCCUUUGCAGCCUUGCGCAAAACGUCUUUGAGGCUCAACCCACGCGUUUAUUCCUGCACGGGCUCUAUGUCUACCGAGACUCGGCCGAGCCAUGGGUCUUCGAUCGGGGUGGAAUAUAUGGAGGGGAGCCAAUCAAUAUCCACCAGGAUUCCGCUCAUUUCAAGACCAUGGUUGUCGGCUAUACACUGAUGGAUACAGUACAGCUCGGCAAUAAUCCGUCGCUUGAAGAAGAUGCGACGGGGAGAUGCCUCAUUUCGGCCGAGGUCGACGCGAAGCCAGAACGUGUGCAGGUUGAGCAUCGGCCGCUGUCGUCGGUCCGAGACAUCGUGGGCGGUGGCACCGCCGCUUACCGCGCGAGACGGGCGUCAACUUCGGGGACGUGGGACCUCGCUGUCAAGUUCAAGUGGUAG